UUUAUUUUAGACGUUGGCUAUUUCUCGAUUUACGGUAUUCCAACUUAUGUUAAACAUGUUGCUCAUAUUGGUUGGGAUGGAUCCUCAGGCAGUGCUCCUUCUUGGGCUGUUGAUCAUCCUUAUCUUGUGGUGUAUUCCAAAUCUGCUAUUGAAAGAAGGGCAGGCGAUGCCGGAUCUACUGAUGAACAAGUUUGUGGUUUAUGUCAUGAUGUAGCAGAAGACCCUGUGGUCACAUCAUGUGGGCAUCUCUUCUGUAAGCCAUGUCUGAUUGAAUUUUCAGCUAGCUAUGGUCAACCUGCAUGCCCUUCAUGUUCGAAACCACUUACGGUGGACUUCAGUUCAAACAAGGAUCAAGAAGAUCAGAAGCCUAAAAUGAGCGUGAAAGGAUUUAUUUCAUCAAGUAUUAUCAACAGAAUCCGUCUUGAAGAUUUCCAGACAAGCACCAAAAUUGACGCUCUGAAGGAAGAAAUCAGAUUCAUGGUCGAAAGGGAUGGUUCUGCUAAAGGAAUUGUAUUCAGCCAGUUCACAUCAUUUCUGGAUUUUAUAAGCUAUUCUUUGCAGAAGUGUGGCGUGAAAUGUGUUCAGUUAGAUGGAUCCAUGAGCAUGGCUGCCAGAGCAGCUGCAAUUACCAGAUUCACGGAGGUGUUGCUUUAAAUCUUACAGUUGCCUCACAUGUAAGAACAACUUUUCAAGACCGUAUUAUACUCUCGGCUCACGCAAUCCACGGAAACAAGUGGGCAUCGAUUGCACGGCUCUUGCCAGGAAGAACCGAUAACGCUAUUAAGAACCACUGGAAUUCAACCGACGAAGCACGCCGUCGGUACCCGGCCAUCAAAGACGGAGCUGAACACGCAAUCUUGAAGGUUAAUUUUACUUAAAAAAUGAAUUUCUGUUAUCUUCUUUCCUUACGUUGCGACAUUUCUGCUCGAUUGAUUUCAUUUUUGCACCACUUUCGUUGAUCCGCGUAUGGCCGGAAGUGGGUUUUCAUUUGUAAGUCCUUUGAUCUCUGAUGCUGACAGCUUAGUCUGUGAAUCGUAUCUAUAUUGCUCAUUUUAGUUGCUUAAUUGUAUUACUUCCUAUUAUUUAUGUCAAUGUUUUCAGUAGUAAGUCCUUUGAUCUCUGAUGCUGCCAGCAUAGUCUGUGAAUCGUAUCUAUAUUGCUCAUUUUAGUUGCUUAAUUGUAUUACUUCCUAUUAUUUCUGUCGAGAUAGAGUAUAUGGAAACAUGUCACUGUUCAUGAUACAACAGAAACUUAACAUUGUGAUUGUGCUUACUAGCUUUUUUUUGUUUGAUAUCCUAUUUAACUAAUCAAUUCAUAAGUGUUGUCUUAGAAUGUCUUUCUAAUUUCUAGCUCAUGGCAUGCUCAAUCCCAAACACCACCAUAAUAUAACUUCAACAUUGGACUAAUAAAAUGCUUUAA